GGACGGAUGGUGGGGAUGGUGGAGGUGGUCAUGAUGGGUUGGGAGAGGGUUUGGGAGUGCGGGGGGGUAAGAGGUGUGCUGGAUGCGCCGGAUGAGGGAGAGGUGGAGGGAACGGAAUGAUGGUGGGGAUUGAAGGGUUGGUGGAUAUGGCGGUAGAGGUGGUAGGAGUGGAGGAGGUCGGCGGGGGGGUGUUGCUAGAGGCGGCUGUGGAGGUUGGAGUAGUUUGCACUGUGGAGGUUGGAGUAGUUUGCACUAUGGGGGUUGGAGUGGUUUGCGCGAUGGUGACGACCGUGAUGGGGGGGGUGGUCCCUUCGAGCGUGGUGACGCGGUCGCAGAAAGAUGACACGUUGGCCUUUAUGUCGUCGAGAGAGGCGGUGACGGAGGUUUGGAAGGUGUUGAGUGCGUGGAGGAUGGCAGAGAGGUCGGGGGUGGUGGUGUUUGCUGGUGGUUGUUCGCCGGCGAGGUUGCGGGCGAUGCUAUCGACUGAGUCGGUGCGGAUGUCAGACAUGUUGAUGAAGGAUGCGGCCAUGUCGGGGGAAGAGGGGGUGGAGGACGUGGCCUGAACGGGGGUGGAAGAUGCAGCAGCAACGGUGGCGGCGGCGGCAGCACGUUGGGAGUUCUUGGUUUGGCGUGGUGGCAUGUGGAGGGUGGGGGGGAAUCCCCUUUUUUUAAUUUAUUAAUAAAUUCAAAAAUAAAGAUAAUCCCCAAGU